AUGGGCACCCGCGGGCCCCCCGCGCUGCUGGACACCACGCCCGCCAAGACCAUCGUGGUGUACCGCAACGGGGACCCGUUCUCCCCGGGCAGGAGGUUCGUGCUGCCGCGGCGCCGCGGCGCCACCUUCGAGGCGCUGCUGGAGCAGCUCACGGAGCAGGUGGACGUCCCGUUCGGCGUGCGCCGCCUCUUCACGCCCACGCGGGGGCGCCCGGUGCUGGCGUUGGACGCGCUGCAGGCGGGCGGCAAGUACGUGGCGGCGGGCCGCGAGCGCUUCAAGGAGCUCGAUUAUGUUCAUAUAGUUCCCCGAAAACCUGCGAAGAUAAGGAAGUUGAAGGAGAUCAAACCGGUGGUGCAUUGUGAUAUAAAUGUGCCUUCCAAGUGGCAAACAUAUCAUCGUAUAUCCCGACAUAUAAAUGUUUUUACAAAUGGAAGAUUAUUUAUUCCACCUGCAAAAAUUAUUAUACCCAAAUUUAGUCUGUCUGAUUGGGACAUCGUGCUGGCCAUGAUUGGAGAAAAAGUCUUCCCUCUAGGAGGCGUCCGGAAAUUGUUUACAAUGGAUGGGCAUCUAUUGGAUAACUCAAAGGAUUUGCAAGACAAUCACUUUUAUGUUGCUGCCGGACUGGAGACCUUCAAGCAUUUUCCUUACUGGAAGUCUCCGAGGGUGCCCAGCGAGGUCCAACAAAGGUAUGCGAAUGUUGAAAAACACCUACAGAGAAAGAAAAAAGUAAAUAACGUUUUAAAACAAGUGGAUGCCAAAGGAAAAGAACCUCGUAAAUAUGAUGGCAUACCCCCUAAAACACAGGAUUCUGUUUACCAUGCCAAGGAAGAAAAGAAGAAAACAUUGGUAGAGCCUUUAGUCGAAAGGGGAGCAGAAGGUGAUGUGUAUAAAGCACCAACUCCUAGCAAGGAAACCCAAGGAGCGCUGGAGGUCAAAGAGGACGGCCACGUGCAGCUGGAGGUGCCUGUGGACCAGAGACCAGCUGAGGUAGUUAAAGAAGAUGAAGAGAUACAUGAGAAUACCCCCGAUUUUGAGGGCAACAAGAUGGCCCGGGAGUGGAAACCUGUAGAUUAAAAAAACCACCUUUAUUAUCUACCUGAAGUCCACUUUUCUUCAACUAUGGGGCUUCCAUCUCACAUAUGGACAUUUUAACAGCAAGAAAAUCACAUCUGGGGUGAAACUAAAGUCCCACACAGUGGUGUCUUCUCAAAAGCUAAGGACGAGGUUUC